CGCGCCCGAGCUCCCCGCCGCGGCCGUUCACGCCCGAGCGCCGCCGCCGCCGCCGCCGCCGGUCCCGCGUGUGCCCCGCUGAGGGGGAGGGGCGGGCCAGGGGUGGGGGCGGAGGGGUUGUGGUUCCACUGCAGCGGGGGCUCCUGUGUCCUUGUGCGGAAAUGACACACGGAGUCCCGUCACGUCACGCGAGAGCGCAGCGCACGGACACACAAAGAGAGGGGAAAAUACACGGCGCCCGCCGCCCGCCCGCCGCCCCCAGCGACUCCCGGGCCGCCCCGGCCAGGCCCCCUCCGCGCGCGGCCCCCACUCUCGGCCCCGCGCCCUCCCCCCCCCCACGUGGCGCCCAAACUCGGCGGCGCGGGCCCGCUCUGCAAAGUACAGAACUCGCGUCCCAGUGGAAUAGAAGAUGAACUCAGCUGAAUUCAGUGAAGAUGUAGAAGAAGUUCUGAAAAAUAACACUGUGAAGGUGGAGACCGAGGCCGAAGAUGCUGCCCUGGACUGCUCAGUGAGCGCCAGGACUUCUGAGAAGCACCCUCUGGACAGCGUCUUCACUGCCCUCCAGGACGCCGGCAAACGCAAGCAGCCCGACUCAGUCCCCAGCGCCAAGAGGCGGCGGCUGAUCCCCGAGGCGCUCCUAGCGGGCAUGCGGAACCGCGAGAACAGCUCGCCCUGCCAGGGCAACGGGGAGCAGACCGGCAGGGGCAGGAACCUGGGCUCAGCGUGGCCAGGUGAGGAGGAGCCCAGCGGCGACAUGGCCACCGCGUCCUACAAGAAGCCUCUGUACGGCAUCUCGCACAAGAUCAUGGAGAAGAAGAACCCCCCGCCCGGGGACCUGCUCAGCACCUACGAGCUCCUGGAGAAGGCAAACCCCGGCAGCAGCCCCUCCCCGCUGCGGCUCCUCAGCGAGCCCCAGAAGCGGGACUGCGGCAGCGCCGGGGCGGCCAGCGACGGCGACCCCAACAUCUACUUCCUCAUCCAGAAGAUGUUCUACAUGCUCAACACGCUCACCUCCAACAUGUCCCAGCUGCACAGCAAGGUGGACCUGCUCUCGCUGGAGGUGAGCCGCAUCAAGAAGCAGGUGAGCCCCACGGAGCUCGUGGCCAAGUUCCAGCCGCCCCCCGAGUACCAGCUCACGGCCGCCGAGCUCAAGCAGAUCGUGGACCAGAGCCUGUCCGGCGGCGACCUGGCCUGCCGCCUGCUGGUGCAGCUCUUCCCGGAACUCUUCAGCGACGUGGACUUCUCCCGCGGCUGCAGCGCCUGCGGCUUUGCCGCCAAGCGCAAGCUGGAGUCGCUGCACCUGCAGCUCAUCCGCAACUACGUGGAGGUCUACUACCCCUCGGUGAAGGACACGGCCGUGUGGCAGGCCGAGUGCUUGCCGCAGCUCAACGACUUCUUCAGCCGCUUCUGGGCUCAGCGGGAGAUGGAGGACAGCCAGCCGGGCGGCCAGGUGGCCGGCUUCUUUGAGGCCGAGCAGGUGGAGGCCGGCCACUUCCUGGACAGCAAAGACCAGGAGGAGGCGCUGUCUCUGGACCGGAGCAGCACCAUUGCCUCGGACCACGUGGUGGACACGCAGGACCUCACCGAGUUCCUGGACGAAGCCUCGUCGCCCGGCGAGUUCGCCGUCUUCCUGCUGCACCGGCUCUUCCCGGAGCUCUUUGACCACCGCAAGCUGGGGGAGCAGUACAGCUGCUACGGCGACGGCGGCAAGCAGGAGCUGGACCCGCAGAGGCUGCAGAUCAUCCGCAACUACACGGAGAUCUACUUCCCGGACAUGCAGGAGGAGGAGGCCUGGCUGCAGCAGUGCGCCCAGCGCCUCAACGACGAGCUCGAGGGCCUGGGGCUGGACGGGGGCAGCGACGGCGACGCCCCGCGGGACGACUGCUACGACUCCUCCAGCCUGCCCGACGACAUCUCCGUGGUCAAGGUGGAGGACAGCUUCGAGGGCGAGCGGCCCGGGCGGCGCUCCAAGAAGAUCUGGCUGGUGCCCAUCGACUUCGACAAGCUGGAGAUCCCGCAGCCCGACUUCGAGCUGCCGGGCGCCGACUGCCUGCUGAGCAAGGAGCAGCUGCGCAGCAUCUACGAGAGCAGCCUGUCCAUCGGCAACUUCGCCUCCCGCCUGCUGGUGCACCUGUUCCCCGAGCUCUUCACCCACGAGAACCUGCGCAAGCAGUACAACUGCAGCGGCUCCCUGGGCAAGAAGCAGCUGGACCCGUCCCGCAUCAAGCUGAUCCGCCACUACGUGCAGCUGCUGUACCCCCGGGCCAAAAACGACCGCGUCUGGACCCUGGAGUUCGUGGGCAAACUGGACGAGCGCUGCCGGCGCCGGGACACAGAGCAGAGGCGCUCCUACCAGCAGCAGCGCAAGGUGCACGUGCCGGGCCCCGAGUGCAGGGACCUGGCGAGCUACGCGGUCAAUCCCGAGCGGUUCCGCGAGGAGUUCGAGGGGCCCCCGCUGCCCCCCGAGAGGAGCAGCAAGGACUUCUGCAAGAUCCCCCUGGACGAGCUGGUGGUGCCCUCCCCCGACUUCCCCGUGCCUUCUCCCUACCUGCUGUCGGACAAGGAGGUGCGCGAGAUCGUGCAGCAGAGCCUGUCGGUCGGCAACUUCGCCGCCCGCCUCCUCGUGCGGCUCUUCCCCGAACUCUUCACCGCCGAGAACCUCCGGCUGCAGUACAACCACUCCGGGGCUUGCAACAAGAAGCAGCUGGACCCCACGCGGCUGCGGCUCAUUCGCCACUACGUGGAGGCCGUCUAUCCCGUGGAGAAGAUGGAGGAGGUGUGGCACUAUGAAUGUAUCCCCAGCAUCGACGAGCGCUGUCGCCGGCCCAACAGGAAAAAGUGCGACAUCCUCAAGAAAGCCAAGAAAGUGGAGAAGUGACAUGUCCGUGCAGGCCGGCCCCCCCCCCCCGCCCCAGACGUGGGCUGGCCACGGGCUGAGCGCCGAGCCGGCAAGUGCGCGGCGGGGGCGGGGGAGGGGGCGGGGGCGUCUCGGGAUGCGGCUUCCUGCCUUUGCACGCGUGAACCCCGGCCCCGCCGCGGGAAGGCAGCCUGGAAUUGGGUCUCUCUCGGACUCUGUGCUGUGUCUCCCUAGUGGUGCAGCCAGGAUGGGGGUGGGGGUGGGGGCAGAGGGGCCAGAGGAACAGGGUCCCGCCGGCCCCCCGCCGUUCAGAGAGCGCAUCAGCAGCUCUCUUGUUCCUCCUCCCACAUUUUGCAUCCUCCAUUUUUAUCCCCACCUCCUCUCCCCCUUUUCUUAAUUAAAAAGAAAUCCUUUUUUAAAAAAAAAAUUAUUGGGCUCUCUGGGGGCCAAUUUAUUUAGGAUAAAAAAUCUUUUUAAAUAUUUGAGAUGAAGUACUGUAAACUGACUUCAGUUACUGGGAUUUUUUUUUUUUUUAAAGAUGGUUUUAGAUUUAUGAAAUGUUGAGAAGUGCCAUGUUCACGCAGGAUGGCUCGGCAAUAGCUCCAGGGGGCUCGGGCGACCUUGUCCAUGUGGUCUUGGAAGGGUCUGGCCACCCCUGCGGCCUGGGCCGUCCCUCAGGGCUGUGUGGGUUAGAAUGUUAGGCGCACUCUCUGUAGACGAGAACACUGGAUGAUGAUGGUGAUGAUGAUGAUGAUGACGACGACGAUGCUGACAUGAAUGUAGAUAGACGUGGAGACACGCGCUCAAGACGUCUUCGCUUGAGCUGUGCGCUCCCACGACCCCCAUCCUGUUCCCUCUCCGUAUGUGGAUGCUGGUUGGAGGGCCAGACGCAUUUCCUUGGAAAAUAAUGUGUGUGCACAUCUGGCUUCCUGUUUGACUUAAGGGUUGGGCCCCUUGGGGCCGACCGGGAACUGUUUACUCUCCGUGUGUGUGCUUGGUGGACGAAAUCCGGGUCUGGGAGCCGAUGCCGACCUCCCCGGGCUCCAGUGUCAGCGCCUCCAGGCAGCAGCACAUCCUUGUUCCUCAGGGCGGGCCCUGGGCUGGGGCCCACUGGGGGUACCUGGCACUGGAAGGCUGUAGGUCAUCUCAGAGGGCCCCCCGGAACUGUCCAGGCCCUGCUGCCCCCACCCCUGGCCCAUCUCCUGGCUUCAGGUGCCCAGCAGGGAGAGGAAGCGGCGCAAGCGGAACCGAAGGGAUGCGGUGUCCCAGAGACCCGGAGCGCGAAUGGAACCGCACAGGGUAGUCCUGCAAAGCCCUUGCGGCGGGUUGCAGAUUUCAUAACUUCAUGGCUUGAUAUAUUUUACUACCUUAAAAAGUAGAAAUACUAGAACUAGCCUGUGAGUUUUCUUCAUACGCCUGAGAAGGACUGCGUCCCAGUGGCUGUGUGACGCAAUUCUGCCCACCCCAGUGGGCAUUUUUCUCCUGUGACCCGGGAUUUUGAGCAAUGGACGGUCGCUGUAAAUGUCACUGCAGGUUAUUGCUGUUAAAGCUGCAAGCCUAAGUUAUUGCAACCACCCCCCCACACACACACACACACUACUUCCUACUGGAAAACUUACGUGAGAUGAAGGGGACCUACACAGAUAAGGAGUCCACCUUUUUUUCUUGUGCCUGGGAAGAAGGGACUGGAGCAGCCCAGAGAACUCCCCUCCCACCCCUGCCCCCUUAUUUGGGUCCCUGUCUCUGCCUUAGCCUCCCCAACACAUGCACGCACACACAUGUACACGCCCUACCCAAAGACAGCUGUGGCGCUCUCCCGCCAGCCCCGCGCUCGCCAGCACGUCUCCCACAGGAUUCCAAGCCAUGUGAAAGCUGCCCUGCUGUGUCUCUGGGGCGGCCCCUGCCCUGCAGCUUCAGAAGCACAAUCAUUGAUGAGUCGUUUUUUACAAACGCCUCUACCCACGUUAGUUAGGGAGAGCGACGGUUUCUAGGAACUCGGUAUGUCUCUGACCUAGAGCAUGGUGAAUUUGGGGAAGCUGUUCUGGCAAUUUCUUUGUGCAGGGCUUCUGCUCCCUAAAUCCUAUAGCUCGGUGCAGUGAAGACAGGUGGGCCGCCCUGGCCCUGGGGUGGCAGGGAGCGCCUGCAGGCCCUGCUUCUCUACCCGGGCAGCGGCUGUGGGUGGGGCUUUGUUUGUUGUUUUGGUUUUCAUGAAGCAAUAGAAAGUACACUAUUUUUUUCAAAAUCUAGUGUGCUCCAUAAAUCUGUUGGCAACCCCCAGCCCGGCCCUAUCGAACUUCUUUGUGCUUUUUACUUGCUUUUUGAAUUUUUCUUUGUUUUCGCCUUGUGUCUGGAAGACUGAAGAAGUAGCACAGGCAGGCGCUGACGCGAGGUCCCGUCGUCAGUCACAGUAGCUGGUAGCGCUCAUGCUUUUUCUGUUAGUGAGUUUUGCAGAACGUAUGGAGCUAGUUGUGAAUGUACCGAGUGUCCGAAUCCUGCUGCAGCUCACCAUGGCUGUGUCUGCCUGACAGGGAGGGAAGUCGGGUCUGGUGUCCAGCACCCACUCCUGUCCCCCUGCCCUGAGGGUGUUGGCCCCAAAGCUUCCUUUCCAAUCUGGGGGGAGGGGCGCCACAUCUCCAGCAAUCAUCAAGCAGCCAUUGGGAUCUACGCCAAGGGGGCGUGCACUGGCUGUGGGGCAAGAGCCGCCGGCCCCACUGCCCCACAGCACAGCUUACUUGGGUCCCAUGGAGGUGGCCUCUGUGUCCUCCCUUCCAAACCCCAAGUGUUUGCUUCUUGCCCAUCCCAGAGGGGAUCUCGGGACUCCUGUGUGGAGGCCAUGGAGCCCUCACCCUGCCCGGCUGUGUAGACACUGCGGUGGAGGUGGGGACCAAGGCUGUUACUGCUACUUGGAAAAUACCUGCCUCUUGUAGAUCCAGCCUUAAUCUUCUGACAUCCUAGUACUAGCAGAUCCUGCACAAAGUGGAUAUCAGAGUUACUACUGUGAGGAGACAAAAUAAUGAGAAUAGUUUUACCAAAGAUAAUGAAGUAUCACAUUAAUGUCUGCAUUUUACCAUUGAGUCGAGUGCAUCCUUAGAAAACUGAAUGUAACAAAAACCCAGGACAUUUUUGGAAAUUGUUAUGCUUCUAGCAACUUUGUGUGAAUUUUUAUACAAGCACUGUUUUAUGAGUUAUAUAAAAUGUUAUAAAAAUGGAAAACA